UCCGCCACCGCCAUGUUAUGCAAUGACGUCACCAAACAGGAAGUGAGCUCGUUGUUCUCCACGGUGGCUGCGGAGCGGAGCGGGAGGCUCGCGGACCGGGACGGCUCUUCCUCGUGCUCUUCUUCCUCCUCUUCCUCCACGCGGACCAUGGACGGGAAUCAGAGUGGGUUUCUUCUGUCUGCUGCUCUGCGAUCAUGAGCUCCUCCCACCUGCCCACAGUGGAUGGCACUGACAGGCUGUGUGUCUCUGAGCGUGCUCAGUUCGUCCCCUCCCGGGUCCUUCACCUGCGUCAGCUACCGACCGAGGUCACGGAACAGGAAGUCCUGGCUUUGGCUCUGCCCUUUGGCCGAGUUAGCAAGCUAAUAACGCUAAGGGCUAAGAACCAGGCGUUUUUAGAGAUGGCGUCAGAGGAAGCAGCCGUUACCAUGGUGAACUACUACACCUCGGCCACGCCCACUGUCAGAAACCAGCCAGUCUUCAUCCAGUACUCCACCCACCGGGAGCUGAAGACCGACAACCUGACCAAUCAGAGAACCCACGGGGCGCUGCACGCCAUCAGUUCAGCAGCGGUGCAUUCUGGGAACAUGGCGUCCGGAGGUGAGGAGCGGGCCUUCGUUCCAGCCCAGAGUCCAGUCCUGAGGAUCAUAGUGGAAAACCUGUUCUACCCAGUGACUCUGGAGGUCCUGCAGCAGAUUUUCAGUAAGUUCGGCUCCGUGUUGAAGAUCAUCACAUUCACCAGAAACAACCAGUUUCAGGCUCUGCUGCAGUUCAGCGACACCGUGCACGCUCAGCACGCCAAAGCGGCGCUGGACGGUCAGAACAUCUACAACAACUGCUGCACGCUUCGCAUCGACUUCUCCAAACUGAGCGCGCUCAACGUCAAGUACAACAACGACAAGAGCCGGGACUUCACCAGAGCCGACCUGCCGACCGGAGAGCUGGAGCCCACCGCCGCCUUCGGUGUGGCCCUGCCGCCGUACGGAGCCACAGCUUUCCCCCCUACCUUCCACCAACACACAGGUGUCUCAGUACCAGUCGUUCCUGGUUCCUUGGUGUCUCCUCCUCGGGUUGCCCUCCAGAUGGCGCCCCCUGCUGUCCACUCGGUGCUGCUGGUGUCCAACCUGAACCCAGAGAGCGUCUCUCCUCACUGCCUCUUCAUCCUGUUCGGUGUCUACGGGGACGUCCAAAGGGUUAAAAUCCUCUUCAAUAAGAAGGAGAACGCUUUGGUCCAGAUGAGCGACGCCACGCAGGCUCAGCUGGCCAUGAGCCACCUGAACGGCCAGCGUCUCCAUGGUAACGUCAUCCGGGUGACGCUGUCCAAACACCCGGUGGUGCAGCUGCCUCGAGGGGCGGCGGGCCAGGAGGAGCAGGCGCUGACCCGGGACUACGCAGGCUCCGCCCUCCACCGCUUCAAAAAGCCCGGCUCCAAAAACUUCAACAACAUCUUCCCCCCAUCAGCGACGCUGCACCUGUCCAACAUCCCUUCUUCAGUGACAGAGGACGUGUUGAAGGAUCUCUUCUCCUCCGGUGGAUUCACCGUCAAAGCCUUCAAGUUUUUCCAGAAGGACAGGAAGAUGGCGCUGAUGCAGCUGGCGUCGGUGGACGAGGCCAUCGAGGCUCUGGUGACGCUUCACGACCGACAGCUGGACCACAACCAGCACCUGCGAGUGUCCUUCUCCAAGUCCACCAUCUGACCUAUGACCUCUGACCCCCCUCUGACCCCACCAUCUGACCCUGCCUUCCUGCCCUGUCCCACCAUUUGACCUCUGACCCCAACCUUUGACCUCUGACCCCACCCUCCGACCUCUGACCCCGCCCUCCUGCCCUGCCCCCCCCUCUGACCUCUGACUCCAGACGCACAGGUCGGCCUCAGAACAUUUAACGUAUCAAUUACAUCGAUUGCAGAUUUAGGUCCAUUUGACGUUUACCGAUUGAUCGGUAACAAAGAGAAAACAUCGUUACGUUCGACUGAAACGUCGCAGAUUUUCGAUAAAAACACGACUUCAGGACGUUUCCAUUUUCACAGUCGGUGAAUCACUAGCGUGGGUUCGUUAGUUUAGAUCAAACACCGCCGCCGUCAUAAACAUGUCGGAGUCAAUGAUCACCAACCGGGCCUUUGGAUCCGGUACCGGAACCGGGCCGGAUGCUCACUACAGAAAGCCACCACAGUCCUGACCCGGGUCCGACAGACUGGAUUAAAAAAGACACAAAAAAACCAAAGAACUGAUGUGAACUCAAACUGAGUGAAGAACAAGUGUCGGCGACAGGAAGUGAAAACCUGGUAAUCUCAGACGAUAUUUGAUAGAGUUCGGAUUUUACACCACGAUUACGUCAUUAAAAGGAUCUGAUGUCUUCGUGGAAACCAAACCUGUUCGCAGGUUUAUAGUUGAAAUAAAGUUCAGUUUCAAAAACUCCAGUUUCAAAACACAUUCAAAAGGCGUCGCAUUGAACAUGGAGGAGAAAAUAUUUAUGAGUUCAUUCAUGAAGGUUCAACAGUUAAAAAAAUCAAACUUUUUAGAAAUAAAAGCACUUCGUCCAAAUACGAAUGUUACUGAACACUAGAAGAUCUACGAUAAAUCCAGAGGUUUAUCAUCAACAUCUGGAGCUUUGGUUUACAACGACAGAACGCACUUGGAAAUGCAACAUUAGCCCGUUAGCUUUACGUUCAGUCUGCUACUAGCCUGUUAGCUUUACAUUCCGUUUGCUACUAGCCUGUUAGCUUUACAUUCAGUCUGCUACUAGCCUGUUAGCUUUACAUUCUGUUUGCUACUAGCCUGUUAGCUUUCCGUUCAGUCUGCUACUAGCCUGUUAGCUUUACGUUUAGUUUGCUACUAGCCCGUUAGCUUUGCAUUUCGUCUACUACUAGACUUUUAGCUUUACAUUCCGUUUGCUACUAGCCCGUUAGCUUUACAUCCCAUCUUCUACUAGCCUGUUAGCUUUGCAUGCCAUCUCCUACUAGCUCGUUAGCCUCAUCAGUCAGUCUGCUAGUAGUCCAUUAGCUACUAUGAGUUUACUACUGUCUGCUCUCAAAAGAAAAAAACUACAUUUAUUCGUCAUAAAAAAUGUGAAUGCUCUCAUUUCAUACAUUUAUUCAAUAACGUCUAUGACACAUUCCAUUUAAAUUUUAUUUCUUCAUGUGUAGAACAUGCCUACUACUGACAUGCUAAUUAGCUGUUGUGCUACAUUUACAUGACAGAUUUUAACAUGUGGCAUUUACGUCACACUGUUUUUACCAUUUUUAGCCUUUUAGCAUCUACUUUACUGCGUAUGAUGAUUAAAGCUGUUUUCGUGUUAGCUUAAUGUUAGCGCUGACGUUAAUUUAAAAUGUUGAAUGAAACACACGUUUUAAACUUGUAUUUGUUUGAUUUGAUUUAAUUUGCAGAUAUUUACAGCUAACUCUAACUGUAAUUCAAACUGAUACUGAAAGCCCCGGCUAACAUGCUAAUGGCUAAUGUCAAAGCUAAUGAUCUGAGGUUUUCUGGCCUUCACCUUUGACCUCCACUGUCCCAGACUUUGACUACGCCCCUGCCCUCUGACCUUUGACCUCUGACUUCAGGGCCUGUGAUUGGCCUGCGGUGGGAACAAACGGACCAAUGGGAGAGCUUCCUGUGCCUACAAACACGUGAUGUCACAGUGACGGGUCGUUGUCAUGGUUACAGAGGUUACAGAGCACAUUCCUCAGCAUACGGAGCUCCGAGUAGCAAAGCUUUGUGGGUAAUGGAGUCCAGUGAGGAGUCCAAGCAGAAGAAGCCGUUAGUUUUCUUUUAACUGAAGCCUUUUUCUAACAAGAGUCAGUUCUUUGAUUUUUCUGUCUCACCAACAUUAUAAAAGGGAAAUGUCUCUAAUGUUCUGGUCGAAUCUGAAGACAAACGACCGUUUCACCGACGUUGGGUUCAGACGAAGUUUCAUUUGGUUUAAACCACGUUUCCUGUUUAUGCUCGUUUUGGA